AUGAAGCCUUGUAUAACUAGGAGGAUCUUCUCCCUGCUCGCGGAGGCAGAGAGAUUACACUGGUUUUCAGUUUCAGAGAUCAUUUUCGAAGAGAGAUUUGAAGGUGGUUGGCAGAGCCGUUGGGUUAAAUCAGAUUGGAAGAGGAGUGAAGGAAAGGCAGGUUCUUUCAAACACACAGCUGGAAGGUGGUCUGGAGAUCCAGAUGAUAAAGGUAUUCAGACAACUACUGAUGCCAGGUUUUUUGCCAUAUCUGCGAAGAUACCGGAGUUCAGCAACAAGAACAGAACAUUGGUCUUCCAGUAUUCUAUAAGGCUUGAGCAGGAAAUUGAAUGUGGUGGUGGUUACAUAAAGCUUCUCUCUGGAUUCGUAAACCAAAAGAAAUUUGGUGGAGACACUCCAUACAGUUUUAUGUUUGGACCAGAUAUAUGUGGCACUCAGACAAAGAAGCUGCAUGUCAUUCUAUCCUACCAGGGCCAGAAUUAUCCAAUCAAGAAGGAUUUGGAAUGUGAAACGGACAAGUUAACUCAUUUCUACACAUUUAUUCUUAGGCCUGAUGCAAGUUAUAGUCUCCUGAUUGAUGGUCGAGAAAGGGAUUCUGGAAGCAUGUAUACAGAUUGGGAUAUUCUUCCUCCACGUAAAAUUAGAGCUGUCAAGGCGAAAAAGCCUGCAGACUGGGAUGAUAGAGAAUAUAUUGAUGAUCCUAAUGAUGUCAAACCCGAGGGAUAUGAUUCAAUUCCAAAAGAGAUUCCCGACCCCAAAGCAAGUGAGCCUGAUGAUUGGGAUGAAGAUGAGAAUGGUAUAUGGAAAGCACCUAAGGUACCAAAUCCAGCAUAUAAAGGACCAUGGAAACCCAAGAGAAUCAAGAACCCAAAUUAUAAAGGGAAAUGGAGGAUUCCUUAUAUCGAUAAUCCAGAGUUUGAAGAUGACCCUGAUCUUUAUGUUCUUAAGCCAAUAAAAUAUGUUGGCAUUGAUGUUUGGCAGGUGAAGGCUGGUUCAGUUUAUGACAAUAUUUUGAUAUGUGAUGAUCCAGAGUAUGCAAAACAAGUAGUUCAAGAAGUAUUUGCUAAUAGAGAGAUUGAAAAGGAGGCCUUUGAGGAGGCAGAAAAAAUUAGAAAAGCUGCAGAGGAAGAGGAAGCUCAAAGAGCAAGAGAGGAAGGUGAAAGGAGGAGAAGAGAAAGAGGACAUGAUCUACGCUACAGAGACAGACACAGAGAUAAAUACAGAAGGCAUUAUUCCCGGGACUUCGAUGAUUAUCAUGGUGGCCGCAUCCCUAGGAACUCUGAUAUGCUAAAUGAGUUCACCCGCUCUGAUGAUCAAAAAUCAUUUCUUUAG